GCGCGCAAGAGGAAGAACGUAAUAAUCUGCGGACUUGAGACGUCAUAAAAGCUCAGCCAUCCGCUCUGGGCUCACCUGUCAGUUGCACCUCAGCAGACUCAUCUUGCGCACCAUGCCGCAACAUUUCCACGUGAACACACCGCUGCUGGAGAGCGUCAGCAUGUCCAAGAUGGCGGGUACCGCCGUGUACCUGAAGAUGGAGAACUGCCAGCCCUCUGGCUCCUUUAAGAUCCGCGGCGUAGGACACCUCUGCCAGCAGCUCGCUAGCCGCUCCAAGGGAGUCGUGUGUUCUUCAGGUGGGAACGCUGGGAUGGCCGCAGCCUACGUGGCCCGGAAGAUGGGGCUGCCGGCGACCGUGGUGGUGCCGUCCUCCACCCCCCCGCUGGUGGUCCGCAGGCUGCAGGAGCAGGGCGCCGCCGUCAAGGUCGCCGGGAAGGUUUGGGACGACGCCAACGCUGAAGCUCUGAGGCUGGCGGAGACGGAGCAGCUGACCUUCGUUCCUCCGUUUGAUCACCCCCUGCUGUGGGAGGGUCACGCCUCGGUGGUGGCGGAGGCGGCAGCCGCCCUGGGCCCCGGGGCCCGGCCCGGCGCCGUGCUGCUGUCGGUGGGGGGCGGGGGCCUGCUGUGCGGCGUCGUCCGCGGCCUGAAGGACGCCGGCUGGGCGGACGUGCCAGUUAUCGCUAUGGAAACGGUGGGGGCCGACUGCUUCAACGCUGCCAUCAAAGCGGGGGAGCUGGUGACUCUGGAUGACAUCACCAGCGAGGCCAAGUGUCUGGGUGCGAAGACGGUCUGCCGCAGAGCCUUUGAGCUGAGCCAGAGCGGCGAGGCGACCAUCAUCUCUGAGCUGGUGACGGACCAGGAGGCGCUGAGGGCCGUCCAGAUGUUCCUGGAUGAGGAGCGGGUUCUGGUGGAGAUGGCGUGUGGAGCAGCGCUGGCUGCCAUCUACAGCGGUCUGAUCCCCAGACUGCAGGCCCAAGGCAGGCGGCCGCCGCAUUUAUUAUUAUUGUUG